AAUAUUUUUUUAUUUUUGAAGCUGUUACAAGAGUUUUCUUUAAAGAAUUAAUUUAUACAUUACGACUUUCGUAUGUAAUACUAAUUUUGGUUUAAAAUUUGAAAGAAGCAGUAAAAUGAAUAUAGACUAGAACAUAAUUCAUUUUUUUUAAACUCGUUCAAUUUGCUGUAUGCAAGACAGUGGCAUGUAUGACUGAAUUUUUUGGCCUAUUGAUGUAGGUACCUUCAGUAUUUGUUACAUUUCUAACUUAAUUUAAAUGUAAUGAUUUUUUACGUGAUUAUAUUACUGCAGUUAACAUGAAAAAAUAAAAAAAUCAAAGUCAGAACUAAUAAAAAUAAUGGACUUGAUUUGAAGUUGAUUUUCGUUACUAGUAAUUUACAUUAUAUAUAUGAUUUGCCUAAUUAAUUUACAAUACGGAUGUAAUGAGAUUUGUAAAAGAUAUCAAGAGCAUAUUUAUCAUGUCUCUUUUAAUAAAUGCUGCCCUGUUUAUAAUAUUUUGGAGUGAUGUGGAGUUGGGCCUUGAAGCUGUGUUCCAAAGAGCUAUUAAGCUGCAAGUGAAAAAUAAAGUUUGUGAUGUUAACCUCAAUGAUGAUCGACCAUAUAUUAGCAAUAAGACUGACUUGAAGAUGAUAUACUAUGUGACACCGACAUAUCCACGUCCAGAGCAGACUCCAGAGCUAACAAGGCUGGCACAUACACUGAUGCACGUGCCCAGUAUUCACUGGAUUGUCGCUGAUGACCAACCAGUGUGUUCUGACCAAGUGUUAAGUAUUUUAAGGAAGACAGGUCUACCAUUUACUUACAUAUCCAGUCCAAAGCCUUAUCUAUAUAAAACCCACAACUUUCCUCGUGGUGUGGCAAACCGGAGAGCUGCUCUCACUUGGCUGCAUGAGAAUGUAAAAGAAGGCAUACUUUACUUUGGAGAUGACGAUAACACGGUGGACCUUGAAUUGUUUAAUGAAAUCAGGCAAACGAAAAAAGUGUCAAUGUUCCCAGUGGGCCUUAUUGGUGAAUACGGUGUAUCAGCACCAGUGGUCAAAAACGGAAAGGUAGUUGGAUUCUUCGACUCGUGGCCUGGGCUGAGAACAUUUCCUGUAGAUAUGGCAGGAUUUGCCAUUAACAUCGAGUUUUUGAGUCCGAAUGCCAUCAUGCCUUACACUGUAGGUCAGGAAGAAGACAAGUUCCUAGUAAGUACAGGUGUAAAACUUGAAGACAUUGAACCUUUAGCAAAUAACUGUUCCAAAAUACUAGUAUGGCACACAAGAACAACUAAAAACAAAGUUCCAACAUUGAAAAUAGACAUAGAGAAACUCAAUAACAUGUUAAAGUACGAUAGCUUUGUCAAUUUAUUGAAAGAACUUACGAAAAUGGGCAUGGCACAUGUUAGCCCCAAUAAUGGCAGCAAGACUUUUAUAAUACGCAACCGGUCGAAAUAUGACCCCCUAACUGAUCUUAAAUAGUGUUUACUCGGUAAAUCUCAGUACUGGAAUAUUCAAGAGUCUAGUAUGAAAAACUUGCGUAUCACCAUCAUACCGAAUUCGAGUAAUAUAAUAUGUAUGGGAAUUCAAACAGCCCCUCCACUGGCUAAAAUAAAUGGAACCCUACAUUUUUACCCAGACUGACUAUGCGUGUUUCAUGCUAGGCCCACUAAACUGAAAGUAAAAAAAACUCAACUUAUUUACCUGUCCACAAUGCAAAGAAAUUCUGUUGCUAUAUGUUAUUAAUUAGUAGAUUUCUAGAAAAUAUCAGAAUUAGAAAAAUCGUUGAAUAUUUAAUCUCUUGAGGGUUAAAAUGUUACACUAUUUUAUAUUUAGUAGUCGCUCUCUAUUCAGCUUCACAACAGCUUCAAUAUAGUUAGUUUGAUAUAAGCAAAUUACAAUCAUUCCUCCCUCGAUGAGUCCUUCAAUUAAUUAUGAUCACCGUCGCUGUGCCAGUGUCGUGUCGGAGUGCUUAAACAUGUUAUGGCCUAGAUUAAAUCUACAUAAUAUACAUUUAGCCUACACAAUAUUUGACAAAAAUAAUCGACAAUAUAAGUUUGGACCCCGAAUUUCACAAGUCACACGUUGUGUGAUACUACUCAGUCCGCUACUCGGUAGUCGCUAGCCAAGGUUUAUAUUGUAAUAAAUAAUUCUCAUACCUCUUACCUAUAAAUAUAAGUGAAACGAUCACUCGAUCACAGGAAAACGUAGUGAAAAAAUUGUUAUUUAAUAAUUAACAUAAUACCCAAUGAAAUGUAAGCAAUAAUUUUAAUAUAUUAUAUAGGUACCUAAUAGAAUUACGAGAGUGGAAUUGAUUUUGCAGAUUACAGCUACAUGAUGGGGUUUUCGGAUUUUAGACUGAAACUUAAACAAAUUUCGUCUGUGAUUGUAAUUAGCGUAGGCAAAAAAGUAGGCGGAUCAGCUGAGAAUUUGCACUUAAAAGUAGACUGUCUAGUGCUUAUCUCGUAUUCAAUUAUUAUAAGAAUACUCGUAAGUUCAUUUUUAAAUCGAAGACGACGUGUGCUGUUUGGUAUUGAAUUCGUUAAAUUGUCUACGAUUAUAAUAAAAACGUUUAUUUACACGUGAUAGGACGUAAAUUAAGUUCUAAAAAAGACAUUUUUUAAACAUCUAGUCAAAACAAAAGGAAAUGUAAUAAUGAGUGUAUAGCAAAUAUAAGUUGUACGUCGGAUUAAUGGAUUAAUGUAGUAGAGUCACUUUGGACUGGUUACCUCCGAUGCAUUGUCUUUAAACAGUGCUCGGACCACCUUGCGUAACUGGGCAGUUGCCUGGAAGAGAUUAAAAAUCCACAACGUCUAACUUCUAUCGUAUUCUAGCCAUAAUUUUGCGUACACUCGUGAAAAGCCUUGGUUUUUAUUUAUGAUUAUUAUGUCAAUUAUAAUUUUGCUCAAUUCUUUUAGAUAAUCAUUAUACCAAAGUUUUGUUGUUCCUUUUUUAAUAGGUAGUUCGAAUAAUUAAAUAUAUUUACCUACCGAAUACAACGAACUAAUCAACGUAUAUAACAAGCAAUGUUUAUUACAAAAUCGGUGUUUGCUAGUAUAAGUAGAUCUAUUUCCGUAGCAAGUUAGUAAGUAAUUGAAGGAAUGUAUAUGGAACAUAUAGGUGAUAUGAAGCAAUGUGUCAAGAUGAAUGCAAUGUUACGGUGCCAUGAUAUUUAAGAACGAUUGCGACUUAAUAUUGUACAUGUUAUCGUCCUAAAAUCGUUUGAUAUGUCAAAGAAAUCACUACUGGGUUAGCUACCAUUAAUAUUUAUUAUGCCGAUAUCGAUAAAGAAUUAGUGCGUUAAAAUAAAACUGCACCGCCGCAAUAAUAUUAUAAGUAGUUUAAAUUACUUAAAGGAAACUUGGUGAUGUAACGUAGAGUCUUUUGUUAUAAUAGGUUUUCGACGCCCACGACUUUUGAAUAACUACAAUACCUAUCUCAGAUAAAGAAAUUAAAAUGUCAAUAGCAAUAGAUCGUUACAUCAGUACUAUGCUGAGGGUCAUAACAUAAAUAAUAAACAUGUACUAUUUAAAGAAUAAUGUACUGUGCUGCAGUCCAAGAAUAGUACGCCGAGAUCAAAAUCUUUUAUACCUACGUUGAGAAUUUACAUAAAGUACCUACGCCCCAUAUUAUGCAUGUGUUGUCCGUGAAAAUACAGUUACUUAGAGAAAUCGAAUUAUGGAAUUUAGUGUCAUAUAAUUUAAUAAGCUACAUGGGAACACACCUAUUUCCACGGAUUCAGAUUAGAUGCAGUACCGCAGUUUCAUCCAAUGACGGAACGAAUCAUAAAUAUCUUUAAGUUGUCAAAUUGAUGGCCCGUAUACGGGUCUAUCCGCUCUCCCGUUAGGGAUUACAUUCUAUGUAACGUAGAAUAUGUUUAAUCCUCAUUAGCUUCGACUAUUGUUAGCCCUGGGAGGCUAAAAUGGCCACAUCUAAGUAAUUUAUCUAAAAAGUAAAUAGUGCGCAAUGCAAACAACUGUCACUGUCAAAUAGCAAUAUUUCUGUUUUAGAUGAGUUGUUUUGAUGUGGCCUUUUUAACCCUGCUCUGUUAUAAAGGUCGUUUUAUGCAAUCUCGUGCCCGGGGCAAUAAUUUCAAAUACCAGAGUAACACUUUAGGAAAAUUAGGAACAAUUAUGUUUUAAGAUACCUUUAUUAUUUAUAUUUAAGCAUUGAAUACAACCAUCGAACAUUAUGUAAAACUAGUAGUAGAGUAACCAAAGAUUUUUUUAUAUAAAAUAUCAUUUAAACGCGUUACGUACGUACGUACCUACCUAUAUUUUUCUGGACCUGAAUGCUUGGGGAUUCUGCCUACUGUCCAUAUAAAUCUAUAUUGAUCAAAAAUAGAAACAAAAGAAAUACCUAAUGCUAGUAUUCAAGGUCCAUUAUUAUUAUAAACUUGUUAAUAUUGACAAAAAACAAAAAGUGUUUGAAUUUUGUACCUAAUUUGUAAAAUAAAUAUAAUUUAUUUAUUUAUUGCAUUAUUUCCAAAUAAGUAUGAAUUUUAUUUUACAUACAUUUUAAAAAAGACAUAGUUAAUUAUUAAAUAUCGCAAUAAAAAAAUAAUUCGAUAAAUAAUGAAUAUAAUUAUAUCAAGGGCAGCGCUAAGUAAAAAUAUGUAAUAAACUAUAAUAAUCACUAUCACCAAUAAAAAAAAUAUAAUAAAUAAAAAUAUUAAUAUACCUUCUUACGUAGUAAAGUUUUCCCUCCACUGCAAUUUUACCCCUUAUCACGAUCAUAUAAAGCACUUAAUUAUUGCGCCAGUAAUAAAAUAAUAAUUAUUAAAAUAAGAGCAUACUCCACCAAGCUGCUCCUAUGUGGGUGAGCACUUAUUGCUUUCCAUUAUUAUUUUUAAGAUAUUAACAAAGGUUAAAAAAGUAUUGUAAUAUCAACUAAAUAGGUACAUGACCAUGUGUGCGAUAUAAAGGUACCCAGUUUAAAACAAAAUACUCACCAUUUUACGUGUGUCUUAUUAUACAGGGUGUUAGUGGCAUCGUAAGGAAAACUGAGGAGAAUGAUUCAGACCAUGAUUCUGAGUUAAUGUCAAAUGGAAUUUUAAAAAGCAUAUAUUUUUUAAAUUAUUUUCAAUUCCAUACUUAUGCGGCGGAAAAUUCCACUCGAUAUUAACUCAGAGUCAUGAGCUGAAUCAUCCUCUCAGUAUUCGUUACGAUGUCAUUAACACCCUGUAUAGUACACUGCUACACUGCACUGAACAGAUAAUUAUAUUAUACUUUUAGCUUUUCGCACUAACUGUUAAUCCUAAAAUCUCUCGAUACGAGUAUGUUAUAACGAUGAUAUGUUUAACAGGGAAGUUAUACUAUUCCAAUUAGCUAAGAAAAGAGAAAUCCGUGAUAGUCCUGUUCAGAGAACGCGUGAUUUACAUCGUAGUGUCCCGGGUUCGAAUCCCGGCUCGUGCUAUAACUGAACCACUGAAUUCCACUUUAUGAGUUUGAAUUCAUAUUUGGAUCAUAGAUAAAUUGAUAUCAUGUGGUUUCCGGGAUUUAAGCCCGGUUUAUGGCUAUAGGCUCUAUUACAUAGAACUUAAACACAGUUGGCGAGGAGUGCGUGUAUAUACUAUACGCCUCUGCCUACCCCUUCGGGGGUACAGGUGUGAUGCUAUGUAGUAAGAAAAGACAGGAAUAUAAUGUGUAUAGGCAUAAUAGCGUGCCGUUUUCUGUAUUAGUCUCAAAUGUAAGUGCCUAUCAAUAAAUUGGUUGUUAAUACGAUGCACACAUGCACUUGUACUACCUGUUUAAAAAAUAAAUAAAUAUAACACGCCUUA